AGGCACACAAAUUGUGGCAUUGACAUGAAAUGCAUCGUUUGCCUUUUCUUUGGACUAAUCAAGAGAGAGAAAUCCAAACUUUUUUCAAUUUUUUUAUAAUUAGAGAUGGAAAAUUCGAAUCGGAGUUAGAUCUAGUAUCAUUCGUUAAAAUCAAAGGCUAAGGCUCGAGUUUUAAACUUCUAAAAUUUAAAGCUUUAUUGUAUGAGAAGAGUAAUGCCUACUAUGUUAAAUUCAAUGGCUAUAUAAUCCUCAAUUGCUAAAGGAAACUACAAUGAAAAAUAUAUAUUAAAAAUAUGUUAAGAGAAAAGUGUUAAAGUUUUUGUGAUCUUCUAAAGAAGAAAAAAAAGUAAGAAAGCAAAGGCAACCCGGGCCCAAUAUGAUAACGAGAAACUCCAAAAAAAUUCUUUCCUUUUGCAUGUUCUGGAUAAAGAGACAGACAACCCAAGCCGAAAAUCAAAAUUGAAAGACCCGAAAGAAGCGCUAGUUGGAGAUCGACAUCUGCUACCAAGUUCCAAUGGUUUGAAAUUGCAUCAACCAAGUCUAAGUGCUUACUUCAACUUUUAGAACUCGUUUGGUUUCAAAACAUGACACAUGCCUUCAAAUCUGCACCAACUCACGACCAAGAUCGUGUCUUUAUCUAAGUCCGGCCUUAUCACAAGCGCUCGCCAACUGUUCGACGAAAUGCCUCAAAAAGACUCAGUCACUUGGAACGCAAUGCUUUCAAGCUACUCUCAAAUUGGUCUUCACAAAAAUGCUCUCUCUCUUUUCCACCUCAUGAGAAUUACCAACACAAAGCCCGACCACUUCACCUUCACAUCAACUUUAAAUGCUUGUUCUGGCCUCGGUUCACUUCAAAACGGAACAAAACUCCACGCAUUAAUCAUUGCUUUGGGUUACCAAUCCUUUUUACCUGUUAAUAAUUCUCUUAUUGAUAUGUACGGGAAAUGCUUAGAUCCCGCUAGUGCAAGAAAAGUGUUCGAAGAUAUGGGUCAAAGUCAAAGAAAUGAUGUAACUUGGUGCUCUCUUUUAUAUGCUUAUGUGAAUUCUGGCCAGUUUAAUAUUGCAUUUGAAACCUUUUAUGGAAUGCCGACAAAGGUGUUAGUUGCUUGGAAUAGUAUGAUUUCGGGUCUUGCUCGAUACGGAGAGGUUGAAGUGUGUAUUAAUUUGUUUAAAGAUAUGAGAGAGAGUUUGUGUUGUUGCCCUGAUCAGUGGACUUUUAGUUCUCUAAUGACUGUGUGUACUGAAUCAUUGGAAUAUGCAUGUGGAAAUGCAGUGCAUGGUCUUAUUAUUAAAAGCGGUUGGAGCUUGUCUGUGGAAACCAAGAAUUCUAUUCUGAGCUUUUAUGCUAAACUAGGUUGCAUGGAUGUUGCUAUGAAGGAGUUUGAAUCUAUAGGGUUGCUCAGUCAAGUGUCUUGGAAUGCUAUGAUUGACGGUUAUAUAAAAAUGGGGAACACCUGUGAAGCCUUUAAUGUGUUUCAGCGUGUACCUGAGAAGAAUGUGAUUUCGUGGACUAGUAUGAUUGCAGGGUUUGCAAGAAAUGGGGAAGGAGAACAAGCUCUUAGCUUCUUUGUUCAGAUGGUGAGAAGUUGUAUAUGCCCGGAUGAUUUUACCUUUGUAGCUGUACUUCAUGCGUGUUCAAGUUUGGCAGUACUGGCGUUUGGCAAAAUGGUCCAUGGUUGUGUGAUUAGAUAUGGCUUUCAAGCCUACGUCUAUGUUGGCAAUGGCCUGGUUAACAUGUAUGCUAAAUGCGGGGAUAUCAGAGGGUCAAGCUGUACAUUUAACAAUAUUCUUGAGAAGGAUUUGGUCUCUUGGAAUGCAAUGUUGUUUGGAUUUGGAAUGCAUGGGCUGUCUAGCCAAGCUUUAGAGCUCUAUGAUGAUAUGGUUGCACAUGGGAUCAAACCAGAUAAAGUUACCUUCAUUGGCUUGUUGAUGACUUGUAGCCAUGCAGGCCUUAUUGAUAAAGGUCGUUUAUUUUUCGAUUUGAUGGGCUCUGUUUAUGGGCUUACCUAUGAGACAGAUCAUGUAGCAUGCAUGGUGGAUAUGCUGGGCCGGGGUGGGUAUUUAGCAGAGGCAAAAGAGUUGGCUGGUAAAUACUCAGAAAAAGAUACAAUCGACACUAAGAACAGCUCAUACGAAGCGUUGCUAGGAGCAUGUUCCAUUCAUGGGGAUGUCAGAAUGGGGGUUAGUGUAGGGGACGGUUUACACAUUCUGGAUGCUCGGAAAGAUAUGGGUUAUGUGUUAUUGUCCAACUUGUAUUGUGCUAGUGGGCAGUGGAAGGAAGCAGAGAUUGUCAGGAAAGCAAUGGUGGAUCGAGGGGUAAGGAAAAUGCCUGGUUAUAGUUGGAUUGAAGUGAAAAAUAGGGUGACAGCUUUUGUUGCAGGAAACAUUUCACAUCCUCAUACAGAAGAGUUAUGUAAGUUAUUAAACUCUCUUGAAUUGGAAAUGAGAAAUCCAUGCUUUUCUAAUUUUGAAGUUUGAACCAAUCUAUAUAAUUUUUCUGUCCUACACUUGGAAGAAACCAAUUUACAUUACAUUGGAAUGAAAGAGCAUUUCUAACCUCUUAUCUCUUAGUCUCAAACCAUUAUUCCUCCAUAGCAGUACAAAGGUCAAAAGGAAUACUUUUCCUUUACAUGCAUAAGUAGGUAGAGUUGAUGAGUCAAUGACAAGUCCACAAGCCUGGCUACAUUCCAACUAAAUCUGCCUCAUAGCUCAAUCCAAGCUUGACCUAACUAAUGUUUCAGUGAUUGACUAAUGUAACAGUAAGUUAAUGGAGCUAAAUAAUGUAUAAUGUAACCAUAAAUAUAAAUUAUAUUUCU